AUGGCCCUGCUGCUUCUGGGGCUCCUGGGGCUCCUGGGGCUCUGGGGGCUGCUCUGUGCCUGGGCCCGAUACCCCUUUCCGGCCCAUCGGUGGCCCCCGGGGCCUCGCCCACUGCCACUUAUCGGGAACCUGCACUUGCUGCGUGUGUCGCAACAGGACCGGUCACUGAUGCAGCUCUCGGAACAGUAUGGGCCGGUGUUCACUGUCCACCUGGGGCGCCAGAAGACGGUGGUGCUGACUGGCUACGAGGCGGUGAGGGAGGCGCUGGUGGGCACCAGGCAGGAGCUGGCCAACCGGCCCCCCAUUGCCAUCUUCCAGCUCAUCCAGCAAGGCGGGGGCAUCUUCUUCUCGUCAGGGGCGCCCUGGAGGGCCGCCCGCCAGUUCACUGUGCGCACCCUGCACAGCCUGGGUGUGGGGCGGAAACCCAUGGCUGACAAGGUUCUACAGGAGCUGAGGUGCCUCAUGGGGCAGCUGGAUGGCUACAGAGGCCGACCCUUCCCCCUGGCCCUGCUUGGCUGGGCUCCCUCCAACAUCACUUUCACACUCCUCUUCGGCCAGAGGUUUGACUACCAGGAUCCCGUGUUUGUGUCUCUGCUAGGCCUCAUUGAUGAGAUCAUGGUCCUCUUGGGGUCCCCCAGACUGCAGCUGUUCAACAUCUACCCCUGGCUUGGAGCCUUGCUCCAGCUGCACCGGCCCAUCCUGCGCAAGAUUGAGGAGGUACGCACCAUCCUGAGGAUCCUCCUGGAGGCACGGCAGCCCUCCAAGCCUCAGGGGCUCCCAGUGCAGAGCUACGCGGAUGCCCUGAUCCAGCAGGGCCAGGGGAAUGACCCCGAGGGACUGUUUGCCAAGGCCAACAUAGUGGCUUGUACCCUGGACAUGGUCAUGGCUGGCACAGAGACCACCUCGGCCACACUGCAGUGGGCUGUCCUCCUGAUGGUCAAGCACUCGGGUGUGCAGGGCCGGGUGCAGGAGGAGCUGGACCGUGUGUUGGGUCCUGGGCGGCCUCCCCGGCCGGAGGACCAGCAGGUGCUGCCCUACACCAACGCGGUGCUCCACGAGGUGCAGCGGUACAUCACCCUCCUGCCCCAUGUGCCCCGUUGCACGGCGGCUGACACCCAGCUAGGCGGCUACCUGCUCCCCAAGGGCACGCCUGUGAUCCCCCUCCUGACCUCGGUGCUCCUGGACAAGACGCAAUGGGAAACUCCAGGCCAGUUCAAUCCGGGCCACUUCCUGGACACAGAUGGGCACUUUGUGAAGCGGUCGGCCUUCCUGCCUUUCUCCACAGGCUGCCGCGUCUGUGUCGGGGAGAGUCUGGCCAGGACUGAGCUGUUUCUGCUGUUCGCUGGCCUCCUCCAGAGGUACCGCCUGCUGCCCCCACCUGGUGUCAGCCCCUCCACCUUGGACAUCACGCCCGCCCCCGCCUUCACCAUGCGGCCGCGGGCCCAGGUGCUGUGUGCAGUGCCCAGGCCCUAG